AUGGAGGAAGGCACGAGAACAAAGAAGACUAUCUUCGUAGGCGGCUUAGGUGACGAUGUUGACGAAGCUGUCCUCGUCGAGACAUUUGCAACCUUCGGGGAUGUCAUAGAGGUGCAGCUGCCGCAGGCAGCUACGAAUCAGUACCAGCAAGCAGAGGCCAAGCAUCGGGGGUUCGGUUUCAUCACAUACUCGUCGGCGGAGGACGCGCAGGAUGCCAUCGAUAACAUGGACAUGAACGAGCUUCGCGGGAGGGUGCUUAAGGUCAACCUUGCGCGGCCGAUGAAGGGUCUCCAGCAGCCGCAAAACAGAGCCAUCUGGGAAUCAGAAGAAUGGCUCAAACAUUAUGCAAAACCCUUGGCCGAGAGUGGUGGUACGACGCAGUCGUCUGAUUUUUAA